AGGCGUUUUUGCUGUCGGCGGAGGCAGAAAUGAUUGACCUUUGAACGUUGUUCGGUCAAAGUUCCCGCGCGAAGGUUCAAAGGUACAAUUUUAGGUCAGCUUGAAUCAGACGACAUUUAUCAGUAGGCUGGCCGUAUCAGCGCUUCAAAAUGCACGAGGUUGGACAGGUCAACAACUGGCUGCAGUCCCAACAUGUAGCGGUCAGUCAGGAGUGGCUGGAGGCCUGUCUGGACUGGCUGCACCAGGAAAACCAGGGAUCCCACCUUCCCCUAGCCCAGCUGAACAGGAUGGUAUAUGAGCAGUGGCUCCAGGCUGACCUACAGGUCGUUGCCCCCGGCUGCCUCCCACAAGGCAUUGCUGAGGAACAGAAAACUGUCCUGAAUGGAAAAUUUGCUCUACAAAUUAACUCCAUGAUAGACGUGAGUGUUCCAGCCUACACACAGUUACAGAAGUUGAGAGGGAGGGAGAACGCUAACGAUGCUGUAACUGCCGAGACACAAGCAACUCAGAAGCCAUGGGAGCAGAAGCCGACCCGUAUGCUGAUGAUGCAGCUCACUGAUGGACAGCAGGGCCUGCAGGGCAUGGAGUAUCAGCCAAUCAGGGACCUGGCAGUGGACAUGGCACCAGGGACAAAGAUAUUAGUUUCUGGUUCAGUGCAGUGCAGACUGGGAGUCUUGCUGUUGGAUGGAGGGAAUGUGAAAGUCUUGGGAGGAGAAGUGGAGGAACUAGCCGAGGAGAACAGGAUGGAGAAUGUCUUGCUCAAGGCCGUUUCUGAACAAGGUACAGCAGACCCAACUCUAGUGGAACAACAGCAACAGAUACAACAGGAAUACAGACAGUCAACUGCCAACAAUGCCAGAAAUGCAGCAAGUACCAGACAACGGCAAAACAACCCAGGCAGGCAGCCUGGAUGGCAAGGAAAUGCAGGUUUUGGACAAGGCACUAAUGCAGGAGUGAAGCCCAACAAGAAGACUCCACAGCCACCAAUGACUUUCUCAGAUGAUUUUGAAGAUGAUGACUUCUUGGACAAUAUGGACCUUGGAGAGCUUGACAUGUUGGAAAAUCAGGAAAUGCAACAAGCAGAGCCACCAAGAACGGUAACAACACAGAAUCCACCAGUAAUACAGCAAAGACAGAAUACGAAUACUUUCCCUCACCAACAAAGAAAUCCAACAAGUUUCCCCAAGUCUGUGAAAACAGAACAAACCAAGCCUGUUGAGAGAGGGGUGAUGCAGAGGGGCAAUGACAAUUUUUCUACCCGUAACCCCCCUGCUGCAAGAAGUGGUCACAACCAACAGGGAGGUAGAGAAGUCAAAUAUGAACCAGAAUGGGAUGAACCAUUUGAUAUUGAAGGGGUGGAACAGUGUGAGGAAAGAAGAGAAGGAUGUGACAAUAAUUCAAGAGCAGUGAAACAAAAGAAUCCCUCCUCUGGUAGAUUGAACCGGUCCGACGUGUUCCAAAUUGAUGAUGAACCUGACUGGGAUGAUCCAUUACUGAUGGAGGGGAUGGCAGGCAAUAUGAGCUCUAUGGACAAUGACAUAUGGGAUGAUACAUUUGAUGAGGAGGGAGGCCAGCCUAUGUUUCAGGAAGGGACGAGUAAAGAUGUAAAAAAGGUGGAGACCAACAGAGCUUUAACAGCAACAAGGAGAGAUCCCUUUGAAAGCAAACCAUCAGUUCAGUUAGCAGGUAACAAACCAUCAGUUCAGUUAGUGGAAAGGUCUCUACCAACUGCAAAGUCAAGUUUGAGACCUCCUACAGUCCAGCAGAAAAGCGACAGUGAGGUCAAGGUGAAGAGAGAGCCAAACAUCCAGCAAGCUGCAAAUUUGCAGGACAGUGGUGAUGCUGCAGUUUCUCUCUCAGGUGCUAGAGGGGGCUUGUCCACACAAAAGCUUGUGCAGACUGUAGCACCGUUCAGCCGUGAACAGCCACCAGAGAUGAAGAAGAGAAGGCUUGACACAGGUGUUGACUUCGACACCCCACCCUUUACUUACCUGUCCAAGGUGCUAUCUGCUUCACCUGUCAGCAACAGGACUGUUGUCACAGUUAAGGCCUUCAUCCUUACCCUGACGUCCAAGCUGGAGAAGACGGACGUGUGGAAGAUUUCAGCCAUGAUAAAUGAUGGCUCAGCCUGUGUGGAGAUGGACUUGGGAGAUGAGGUUCUGGCCAAGCUGAUUGGGUUCACAGUAUCAGAACUAAAGAACUUAGCUGUACGAGCCAAAACUGACCCAGCCAUCAAGAAGAGGAUCAAAGAGGGCCUUGAAGGCUGCCAGAGGAAGCUGAUUGACCUCUCCUGUCUGAUGGAGGUGGAGUUUAGCCCCACCCUGGUGAAACCUAAGGUCAUCGCCCUUGCGGACAUUACCCCCAGUGUUGUGAGGCAGCUUGAAGAACGGGUAGAGAGAAACUCACUACACUGAACAUUGAUACAAAUGAAAUUUUGAUGAAUGUUUUAUGUCCAAUAUAUUUUAACUUUUAUACAGUAAGUACAUUUAAAAGUGCUGUUCUUGGGCCGAUAACCUCAAAUGUAAAUGCUGGUUACUCUUAAGAUGAAAUAGUGAGAAAGUGAAUGUGAAUGAUUCAAAAUAUUGCACAUUAAAAUGUUAUAUUGUUGAACAAUAUUAUGUACAGGAAGCUGUUUGUUACCCUUGCCAUUGGGCCGGAGACCCCUACUUUAUAUACACUAACAGCUUGUUAAUAGUAGCAAUACUCUUAUUUGUGGAGUAAUCUAUGAUAUUUACAAGUGGGUAACCAGUCUUUACAAGUCAGUGACUAAUAUUUACAAGUAAAAAAUAUUAACAAUUGAGUAGCAAAUACUAGCACAAUAGAUUUUGUUUCUUCCUAACAAAAUGUCAGUGGUCUUUACUAUUAAUGAUAUACCUGUAUUGUGGGAAUGAAUUUUACAAAGUACAAAUGUUUUGUUGAACUUAUUGUCAAAACAUGGAUUGUAUCAAAUUCUUAGUAAAAAAGUUUUAAAAAUUAGUAUUUUCAAUGCAAUAUAACAUGUAAUUUCAUAUCUAUUCCAUUUUAGAAGGCUGUGUGAAUAAAGUGAUGUUGUCUAA